AUGUCCGAGUCUCACGCUCUCGAGGAGCUGCUGGAGGCGAAUGGGAUUCCGCCGGAGCAAUUUCCAGCUGUGGCCAGCACGGUCACGCACCUGGAGAUGUUCUUGCACCAUUACCCUCGGAUGGAGGCACUGAACCACUUUCCGGCGUUGAAGACCCUUGCGCUCAUACACCAGGAGCUCAAGGUGAUCGAGGGCCUGGAGGGCUGCCCCCUGAUUGAGAAGCUCUGGCUGCAGGAGAACGAGAUCAGCCACAUCCAGGGACUGGACUCCCUGCACCGCCUCAAGGAGCUCUACCUGUACGGCAACCACAUCACGGAAAUACGGGGACUCAACAAGCUCACACAGCUGGAGGUUCUGUGGCUGUCCGACAACUACAUCUCCCGCAUAUCCGGUCUGGAGCAGCUGCCCCUCCUCCGGGAGCUGCACCUGGCGCGGAAUGACAUCGCCUUCCUGGGGGACGGCCUGGCGCCCUGCACCGCCCUCACGAACCUCAACUUGGCGGAUAACAAGAUUGGCAGCUUCAAGGAGCUGCGCGCCCUGGCGGCCCUGCCCCGCCUGGUGGACCUGUGUUUGUCUGAUCCGAUGUGGGGCGACUGCCCCUUGGCGCAGCUGUGCAAUUACCAGACGUUCGUACUGUUCGUCAUGCCGCACCUCACCAGUCUAGACACAUUGCUGCUAGCUGACGAAGCUAAGGCCCUGGCGGAGGCCACCUUCCUGAAAAAGCAAAUGUACUACAACAUGCGAGUGAAGACGUUACGACGUAACGCCCGACAGAUUGUGAAGCUGGCGGCGGAGGGAAGACAGGCCCGGCAAGCCCUCCGCCAGCCCCUCAAGAACACGCUGGUACUGGCGGCUAAGGACCUGGAGCGGGAGAUAUAUGACCUGAAGCAAAGCAUUGCGGCAGCGUCUUCCGCAGCCGAUGCCGCCGACACCUCCCCCCACCCCACCUCGCCAGCCCCUUCUCAGCAGCAGCAGCAGCAGCACCCUCACGUGGCCGCCCUGGAGGCCAAGCUGGGGGCCAUCGUCGCCCAUCUGGGUCGCUACUCAGCGGCGGAGGCGGAGCUGGAGGCGGCGUUCGACGCGGCCAGCGAGCGCACUUACAGAUUGCUGAGCGGCCAGGUGUCCCGCAUGAUGCUGGAGCUGGACACUGCGGGGAAUAUUCGGCUGGAGGAUGCGAGACCUAGUGACUUGUGGUACCCCUCAUGCAUAGACCUGGUCACAACGCGAUUCAACUCCGCGGACUACCCCACCAGUCUCGGAGUCAGCGGCAUGCAGGUCACCGGAGUGACGCGUAUUCACAACCGCUGGCUCCGCAGCCGCUUCGACUCCGCCCUGUCCGCCCUGCUGAUCGACACCACCGACCCCACCCACAAGCGCAACAUGGAGUACCUGUUCCUAGGGGAGCACCCCGCUCUGCCUGGGCUGCUGGACGUGGCAGUGGAGGAGGGGGUGCCGGAGGGGGACCAGCUGGCAGCGCAGGUACAUAGAUAUGAAGACAUGUUUACUCGAGCGAUUCGGUCUUACCCCGGGCUGUACACCAUACUUAUCUGUACUGCUGCUUGUCAAUAUUACGUCAUCUGCUUUAUCAACAGCAGGACAGCCGCUUUCGGGAACACAGCCUCCGCCUCAGCAGUGCGGUCUGGCGGGUGUGGCGGCUCCGAGGGCAACCGAGCCCGGGGGAGAGUGAUGGUGGUACGGACCUACCUGGGACGUACGGCACAUGACCUGUCCGUCCACGUCUCUGCCGGGCUGCCGUCCAAGCUGUACGGCAAGGACGGCAAGCUGUCUCCCUCCUCCCUGUUAGAGGGGGGUUCCCGGGUUUUGCCCUCCUCUUGGCCCGACACUGACGCCGUGUACCGUGCACGGCCCGGCGACAUGCGUCCGAAGUUGUGGUACGUCUUCAACAAUGUACUGGUACUGCCGGAGUACAUUGUGGACUUCACGUACGAUGUACUGCCGACGAGCCCUCUGGCGGCGCCGUCGCCGUCGUGCAGCACCUCCACCUCCGCUUCGGCCGCUGGCUCAUCGCCCCUUAUGGCGCUCGACCUCCAGAUGUGCGCCGGAGUGGGAUCCGCUGGUGGCGGUGGCGGUGGCGGUGUCAUGAGUGGUUUUCUCGCUCAGAGCGCCGCCACCCACCAGGCCAUUAUGGACUCCCUGGACGCGGACAUCCGGCCGCUGGCUCGCCCCAUGCUUGGCUGGCUGGCUCUGCAGGCGGACCCCUCCCUGCUUCGAUGUGGUCUCGCUGCGGAGGAGGAGGAGGCGCAGCAGCUGGUGGCCGCCCCGCCCGCCAUGCAGCCCGCCAACAAGAUCUACCGCCUCACGGACGAGGCCAUCAGCAAGGCUGUUGGCGGCAUUCCGCUUUCCAGCGUUGUCCGCCUGGACCUGUCCCGGCUGGAGGGGCUGGAGGGGCUGGCGCAGCUCAAGACGUUGGACCUGGGCCACAACAGCAUUCGGAAGGUGGAGGCCGCCCUCAAGGGGCUGUACAACCUCACCCACCUGGACCUGUCCAGUAACCAAGAGCUGUACAACAUGAAGAAGUACAGUCCCCAGCUGGUGGUACUGGACCUCCGUGACAACCCUAUCUGCAACGACAAGGCCUAUCGGUCCACCACCUUGCGCAAGUUGAAGCGCCUGGAAAGGUUCGACGGUCGACCCGUGAGUGCGGAGGAGAAGGAGCGGUUCGGGGAGCACGCCGGCGCCGUGACCCUGGCCAUGGUGCUGCAACAUGGCUCGGUGGCGUCCCGGGGGAAUGGCAGUCUGGCGGACGCCGCCCGCCCCAGCAACCCGGGCUCCAUCACAGACAUCUCCCUGGAGCGGAUGCACAUCCGCCGACUGCAGCAGCUGGCGGCGCUCACAUCGCUGAAGAGAGCCAGCCUGGCCGACAACGAGAUCAGCAGUUUGGAGGGCAUCGAGGGGUGUCGGGCGCUGGAGGAGCUGAGCCUGGAGGCUAACCGCGUGAGCAGCCUGGUGGGGCUGGGGGGUCUCACGAGGAUCAGGAAGCUGCAGCUGGGGCAGAACAGACUGGCCUCCCUGGACGCCCUGACCGGUCUGACGGGCCUUAUCCAGCUCAGUGUGGAGGACAACGAGCUGGCGACACUGGCGGGCGCGGAGAAACUCACCAACCUGCUGGAGCUGUACGCAGAGCAGGCAGCCGCCAAGAACAAGUACGCGGGGCGGUUGACAGCGGACUUCCUGGAGGAGCGGCUGGGUCACCGACUGUUCGACCGCAUUCGGGACCUGGACUGCAGCGGACUUCGUAUUCGGGAUGUGGGGGUGGUGUUCCUAAUGGAGGAUCUGGAGGGGCUGCAGGAACUCAAUUUGGACAACAACCUGCUCAGUGACGUGUCAGCCCUGGCGCUGCUGCGGCACUUGGUGGUGUUGCGCCUCAACAACAACCGGCUAGGUGAGGAGUGCAGCUUCCUUUCCGGCCGCAUGUUGGAGCGCAACCAGGACCUGGUGCGGGCGCUGGCGGCCCGGCAGCAGGCGGCAGGGCAGCCUCUGGGGGGCUACCUGCAGCUGGACCCAUUUCCCAGUCUACAGGUGCUCCAGCUGGGCGGCAACCAGGUGUCCUCCAUUUCCUCUCUGCAGCUGAGUUCGCUGACGGGGCUUCGGAGCCUGUUCCUGCAGGGUAAUGACAUCACCCGGAUUGAGGGGCUGGACGGGCUGGUGAACCUGCAG